GUUUGGACGGCAGGCAAACAUUCCUCUUCACAUUCAUGGCGGAUAUUUGACAUUUAUUGCGCCCACACCGACCCACACACAUACACCCACAAACACUGUAGAACUGUUUGACUUGGUUUCUAUAUCGAUAUAUAUAUUGUAUAUGUUUGUAAAUUGCCCUCAUUCGACGUAACACUCAAUCACCCACACACACACACACACACUCCAUACACACCAACAAGCCGAACUGUGCGAAAUCAACCCUUUUCGAUGGGAAAUCGUUGCAGGAAAUUUUGGAAAUUUUCCUCUUCGUCAAAUUAGUGCAAUUGUGCAAUUAUUCUUGCAACACACAGCAAUGUAGUGACUGUCGAAAGUUGGUGAUUUUUUAGAAAAAAUGUAGUGGCAAUAGUUAAGUUUAUCCAAUUGUGAUGUGUGCACCUAGAAGUAUAGUAAAACAGAGCUCCGCAUUUAAUAUCGUCAAAUCGACAGAAAUUGUGCAUUUUGUGUGAUUUGGAUGGCGAAAACGAGGGUAGCGCCGCAGCAGUAUGUUUGUCAUGAACUGGUUCAACAAUCUCAGCAAUCGCAGUUUGGCGAUAACACUGCUAAUUUGCAUAUCCCUAAUCUAUGUAUCGUAUACAUUUAAUUCGUGCCUAUUAACAAGCAUUAGUCGGACAUUCCAAAAGAAUCCAUUACGCGGCUUACUCUUCUCCGAUGACGUGCUCACCGCUACAUCCGCAACACCACCGUCUACAAACCUGAGCGCUCCAAAUGACAGCGCUAAUACCAACGGAGUAACAUCGAAACACACACCGGAAGCUUUAAGCUUAAGAAAUCAUGAUGCAUCCGCUGUACGUAUUGUGCCGUUAAGUGGUGCAAAUAACAAUACGAACAACAACAGCGCGAGCAAUCCGCCACAGGAGGCUGCCGACGGUUCGCCGAAAUAUCGUUUUCUCCGUCAGCAGGGCUUACAUCCAUCGCGGCAUCUGCCCGACACGCUCAUCAUUGGCGUGAAGAAGAGUGGCACACGCGCGCUACUUGAAUUCAUACGUCUGCAUCCGGAUGUGCGCGCCGCCGGCUGUGAGGUGCACUUUUUUGAUCGUCACUAUCAGCGCGGCUUACGCUGGUAUCGCCACCACAUGCCCUACACCAUUGAAGGCCAAAUAACAAUGGAGAAGACGCCCAGUUAUUUUGUGACAAAAGAGGUGCCGCAGCGGGUGCAUCAAAUGAAUGCGGCGACAAAACUACUCAUCGUUGUGCGCGAUCCCGUGACACGUGCCAUAUCCGAUUACACGCAAGCGGCCAGCAAGAAAUCGGACAUGAAACGUUUCGAAGAUCUGGCCUUCGUCAAUGGCUCAUUCGCUGUGGUGGACACCGCUUGGGGACCAGUCAAAAUAGGUGUUUACUCACGUUUUCUGGAGAAAUGGUUGAAAUAUUUUCCACUCUCACAAUUACUCUUCAUAAGCGGCGAACGACUUAUUAUGGAUCCUGCCUACGAGAUUGGACGCGUACAAGACUUUUUAGGGCUCAAACGCGUCGUGACUGAGAAACAUUUUUACUUUAACGCCACCAAAGGUUUCCCCUGUCUAUUCAAGUCGGAAGCGCGUUCCACACCACAUUGUCUGGGCAAAACGAAGGGACGCAAUCAUCCGCAUAUAGAGGAAGCUGCCAUCGAACGUUUACGUGAAUUCUAUCGACCGUUCAACAAUAAAUUCUACCAAAUGACUGGCAUCAAUUUCGCUUGGCCCUAAGUCUAAUGUAAGUAGGCGUACUAUUAAUGGCGACACUCGUAUAACGAACGCUUUGAACGAAGUUAGAUUUUACGAUAUUCGUCGGGAAAUUUACGAUAUAUUAUUGUAUUCAUAUAGAAAUGGUAUUAACUAAAGUUGUUCGCCAAAUUUACAUACAUACAUACUUAGUAUGUAUAACAGUGAGUGAUGUCGAGCGAGUAGUUACUCGUUAGUAUAAUGAUCGUCGAAAACGCACAAUUUUUGCUUCAAAUCUUUAUAUACAUAUGAACUUUUCAAACUCCUAGUUUACAUCUACAUACGUAUUACAUACAUACGAAACGUAGUCGAUUAGCUUAAGUGUUUCAUAUAUACCGACAUAUUAUUAUUACCAGCAUACAUUGGUAUACUAAAUAAUAUUACUUACAAGCGCGAAUAAUCAUUACUUCACGCACGAAACGGCAAUGAAAUCGAUAUCUCAGCAUGUGAAAAAAAAAUAUAAUUUAUGUGAUAUGCAUAUGAGUAAUACAUGCAACAAUGUAGAUCGGUUUGAUGAUAUGCAAAUAUUUGUGUUUUUGUACGUUAGGAUAGAACGCUUUGAAGAUAUUUACAGACAAUUUUGGUCUUCAGAUUUUGAAGGAAAUACAAUUACAAAUUUAUGUGUGUUGGUUCCAAGGAAAGUUACUAAGAAACUUAGUCACAUCAAUUAUAUUUAUAGCGAAAUUCUAGAAUAUUUGUCUUCGAAUCGAUCCCAUGUUGUGUCUACAUAAGAAUGAAGAUGGUUGUGUUUUAAGAAAUCAAUGUGAUAUAUACUUUAUUAUCUUUUUCUUAACUGGCGUUCACGCCGUUUACGGUUAUAGCCGAGUUUGCAACAACGCGCCAUUCGCUGUUUGGCGCCAAUUGGUGAUAUCACUACCUGGUCUUUCCAGCGGAGUGGAGGUCUUCCUCUUCCUCAGCUUCCACCAUCCACCAACCAGCUCAUAGUUCCAUCGUCUCGUACUAUUUUCUCCUGCAUCAAGUUAAAGAAGUCACACAAUAGUGAGUCACCAUGUCCUGGGGAGGUCCUUGCUGUUGCUUUAACAGCUGAAACAAAUUCCGCAAUAAUUUUUAAGGAGUGUUACCGAGCUGACAGUUCUUGGCCGGAUAACGGAUCGGCGCGGUUGUGGACCAAUUCUGUCGAUUUUUUAAAUAUUCCAUAGAGGUCUCUAUGGACCUUUUCCGACGUGUUGGACAUGGGCACUGUCUUAACUUCGGUAAGAAAUUUAUGUUCGGUUCAAGAAACAAAUGAAUUGAAGUGCUGGCCCAACUGAUUUUCUCUAUGUCGCCAGCUGGUAACGGCUUUAAUAAUUGCUGAGCUGACAGUCUGCAUUGUUUUGUAAAACAUAUCCUAGCCCUAUGUUCAAUUCGCUCAACUUCAUAAAUAUUUUCAUUUCAGGCAGACGGGAAACUACAAAAAUUUCGAUAACCGUUUUUGGAACGUUUGAAAUGAGAAAUCGUUAUGCCUCAUUUCAAGUAUUUUCGUCGCAUCGUAUUACAAGUGAAUGAAAAUGAUAUUAAAAUUAGAUGAAUUUGGCGUUGUAUUGAUUUUGCAUCCAUCGUAUUCGACGGAUGUGAUCGGAGAACACCUGUUGGUUACAAAAGUUAGUGGUUAGGUUAAAAGGCUGAUCACUGUACCACAGCAAAUCUCACUUGGACAGCUAAAGCCAGUCCUUUGUGAUGCCGCAAACUUCUCAAAACGGAUGCCUGAGACACUCAAGUGGCGACGAAGCGCUUUGAGCCUUUUACGGGUUCUCCGAGGUACGUCCUGCAAAGAUGUUUCAGCCACAGUCUAGCGAAAGUUGGGUAUUGAGAGAGAAAGUGUCUCGAUGUCUUCUUCUUCAAUUGUCGAAACUGGGUACUAUAUUAAAGGGAAGUAUAAGUCGUUCCACAAAAAAUAUAACAAAAAAAUUGUUCAAAUUAAAGAAUCAAAAUUUUUACAAGAUCACGAAAUUUUGACCCCAACCGUUGCGUUGAUCUCGAUAUAAAUUUGCAUUGUUGACUGUUAGCGCUCCUAACGUCUUCUUCUCAACACUUCAAGAUUCACCUAUAGAGAUAAGAACGGUAAAUAAAUGUUGCCACAUUUCUUAAAACACAACCUUCGUCCAAGUGAUUCCGCAAACACAUAAAUACAUUCACAUGCAAAGAAAUUUUACCAAUACAAGAAAAAUUAGAAAAUAAUAUAGUUAUAUAAAAAAACAUUGUAGCUUUAUUCUCGCACACUAUUUAUCAAGCAUCAUAGUUCCUUUUUGCUCUCUGCAUUUUAAUAAAACAUACAUACAUAUGUACUACCGAUAUCAAUUGCCUAAAAAGUACGAAGAAGAAAGCCAACGCAACCAACACAAUAGCAACAAUAAACAACAAAAACAAUAAACGUGAAAAUGAAAUAAUUAAAUCAACGAUUUUAAAGCGAAAUGCAAACACACGCACAAAUAUAUAAUACGUAUAAACUUAAAUAUGAUUAGUAUAAAGUAUCAGUUUACAUGCAUGCCAAUCAAAAAGGAGCUUUUUCAUACUUACUUACAUACCUAUAAAUAUAAACUACAAAAAUAUAAUAUAUAGUCUUAUUUCUAAAAAUAAAUCAUUUCGCCAAUUAGUACUUUUCAAAAUAUGUACUUACAGACAAGAACAAAAAUAUUAUAUUUAUUAUCUAUAUACAUAUAUAUUAAGGAUUAGAUAAAUCAAAUGACUAAGCGAUCUUCCAUUAAUUUUACUUGCACAUUUACAUAAAUACAAAAACAAAAGGCGCCAAAGCCGUUAAGCUCAAAUAUUAUAUAAUACGUACUUACAUGCAUAAAAAUUAUACAGAAAUUCACAUACAUAUGUAUAUGUAUAAAGUAGUAUACACAAAUACUUAGAGAGACUGUAGCCAAAGUAUAUUUAGUAUUUAUCUAGAGAAUAAUUUUUGUAAGCUCGGCUUUUUCCCAAUUUAAUAAGUAACGCACACGGAGAAAGUAGUAAAGCGUAUUAGGUAUAGUAGGUCCAGUGCAUACAUAUAUGUAUAUUACAACAAAGAAUAUUAUAUACACUUUUAUUAAUUAUAUCAUUUGAAAACAAACAAUAGCUGUAGUUUUUUGAUAGAAAUUCUUUGAAUAGAAAUAUAUGGACAUGUGUUUAAAUAGGCUAAGUCGACUUAAACUAAAUACGUUUUUUUUGUACAAAAAAUCUCGAUUUUAACUAUUACUCUAAACUGCAAUAGUUUCAAGUUCCCAUUUCCAAAGAUUUUUUAACUAGAUUGAGGCAUCGUUAUGUCGAUAUGUAAGCAUUGAGAAACUUUGACUUUUAUUAAUAUUUUUAGUUGGUUAGACUUGUAUAAGGGGCUAUAACAGUGUGACAUUUAAAAAAAAUCGAUUUUUUUAUUCUUUUCUAAAGAUCGACCGCUCGAUGGUAUAAGCAGCUAUAGUCGAAACUUGAAACGCAUUUUUUUCCAAACAACAUUUCUCAAAUUUGCUUACAACAUUACUCAACGAUACAUUGACCGAUCGACUUCAAAUUGAGUAUUCUUGAAUAUAUUUAUUAUAAAAUGACAUACGAUCUUUUUGAUUGUUCGAAGAUUGCCAAUUUGGCAUUCAAAGAAAGACCAUUUUUUUACCUAAAAAACAAAAUUUGUUUUCAGAACUACACCAUUUUGUCAAUUUUUGAUAUUUUUCAAAAAUUGUAAGCCAUUGCAUAGGAAAUAUAUUUAACUUUCAUAGCCUUUUUGAUUUUUUUUGUUUCAGCAACUCAUUCGGCCGGAAUCAUGUCAGCAGUUAGAGAAUUUUUUUUUGGCACCUCCAAAGACAGUAUAUAACUCCAUUAUUUUUUAAUAUUUUUGUAAAAAAAAAAUGUUGAAAUGUAGAUGGAAAUACACCUUAUUAUGUGUAAAAAACUUCGAAAUAAUCAAUCUAGUACUUUCUUAAAAAAAAACCUCAAUUGAAGCAACUUCUUUAUAAUGAAAGCAGGUUUGAUGAAUGACGUAUUGUUCGUCAAAUGUUCCAUUCCAGAUCCCUAAAACAUCAGUACGUUACCAAGAAGUUUUGGUUGGGACCAGUCAUCGUCGCCGACUUAUUGUUCUGGUCCUUUCCGACAUUAAAAGGAUCUUGACUGUUACUUAUUAUAAAAAUACUCACGAGCAAUCAAGCUGCGAACUAAUUUUUCAGUUUCUGUAGAAAAAAUUUCUAGAGUUCUGAUAUCAAAAAGCGCUUACAUUGACUUGUUUUAGAGAUCUACACUUUCUAUUUCGCCUGACUUCUUUUUGGGGAGUUGUAUAAAACAACCAAGUCUAAGCCAACAAUCCUCGGGUCAUUGACGAACUUCAGACCUACACUCGUUGACCAUAAAAAACUUCAAAUCAUUCAAUGUUUUCAUACCGUCAUGAAAGAUGACGCACCCUGUUUAUAAGAGUACAACAUUGAGUCUCGAAUAGAUUGCUCAAAAAAAUUCAAAAACCUCUACAUUAACAUAAGUCGAUUUAAGCCACUUAAACAUAUUGCCAAAAAAAAAUUUUGUUAAUAUAAUUACACAUUAUUAAAAGGAACGAACAUAUUUUAAAAUGUAUUUAAAUACAUAAAUUUUAUCGAAGAAACUGAUCUCAGAAAUGUUAAGUUAAGAGAAGACUUAAUGAAUAAGUGCUUGUUUAGGCUUAUAAUUACAUAAAAGUACGUAGGUAUCUAGAAACGUUAUUUAGAGAGCAUUAUGUUAAUCAUAAAUCACUAAAAAAUGAAUUUUGAGUCUAAAUAUGAGAUAUUAUUAAUAGUAGAGUAGGCCAAAAAUUAUGUUAUCCAUUUUUGUUACUGAUUGUGAAGAAGCUUUUUACGAAACAACAUCACCCAUAGAUUUAUGGAAUUUAUUUCCAGAAGCUAAUAAAUUAAGCAGGAUUCAUUUCAUCGGUGUAGGAUGACCAUCGGUGAAACCCUUGACAUACCCAUUGGACUUUCCCUUUCAAAACUACAUUUAGGGAGCUCAAAAAAAAUAUCAUAGAACACUAAGAAGGUUAAAAUGAUU